AAAUAUUACCGUUAGAUGGCAGCACCACCGAAAUUUAUCGACUUUAAAAUGAAUUAUUUCAUUUUGCAUUAACCAAAAAAACAGACAAAUACAGGGUUAAAAACAGUGCGGGAUUUUCGGUUUAUUAAUUAAUUCAAGAAGCAAUUAAAUAUGAGUAGCAUACUAAAACUUCAAGCGGCGUGUCUAAAAAAUGUAAUAGGAAAUUCAAUCAAGCUAAAUUCCUUGGUUAAGCCCAUAGCUGCUACCAGGAACCUUCACAUCCAAGUCGACAGGAAAAAUGCCAGUUCAAGCGACUCAGUGUCGAAGGUUUACCCCAUUGUAGAUCACACAUACGAUGCAGUGGUUGUUGGUGCUGGAGGAGCUGGUCUUAGGGCUGCCUAUGGCUUGGUACAAGAGGGCUUUAAGACUGCUGUCAUCACAAAAUUGUUCCCUACGAGGUCGCACACUGUGGCUGCCCAGGGUGGUAUCAAUGCAGCAUUAGGUAACAUGGAGGAAGACAACUGGCAAUGGCACAUGUACGAUACAGUGAAGGGUUCCGAUUGGCUUGGAGACCAGGAUGCUAUUCAUUACAUGACCAGGGAAGCCCCGAAGGCUGUCAUCGAAUUAGAAAACGCUGGCAUGCCAUUCUCGAGAACACAAGAAGGAAAAAUCUACCAAAGAGCUUUUGGUGGCCAGUCCUUGAAGUUUGGAAAAGGUGGACAAGCCCACAGGUGCUGUUGUGUCGCCGAUAGGACCGGCCACAGUCUACUUCACACCCUGUAUGGUCAAAGUUUAAGAUACGACUGCAACUAUUUCGUAGAAUAUUUCGCUUUAGACUUAAUCAUGGAAGGUGGAGAGUGCCGAGGAGUCAUCGCUCUAUGCCUAGAGGAUGGUACUUUGCAUAGGUUCAGAGCCAAGAACACAAUUCUGGCCACGGGAGGAUAUGGUAGAGCGUACUUCUCAUGCACUUCAGCUCAUACAUGUACUGGUGAUGGUACUGCUAUGGUAGCUAGAGCCGGCUUGCCUUCUCAAGAUCUCGAAUUUGUACAGUUCCAUCCUACUGGUAUUUAUGGUGCUGGAUGCCUAAUGACAGAAGGAUGUAGAGGCGAAGGAGGCUACCUCAUAAACUCUCAAGGUGAACGAUUUAUGGAACGAUACGCACCAGUAGCUAAAGAUUUAGCUUCCAGAGAUGUAGUGUCUAGAAGUAUGACCAUCGAAAUCAGAGAAGGCCGUGGCUGCGGACCUGACAAAGACCACGUCUACCUGCAGCUCCACCAUUUGCCAGCUGAACAGUUGCACCAAAGGUUGCCAGGUAUCUCAGAAACUGCGAUGAUCUUUGCCGGUGUCGAUGUUACUAGGGAACCCAUUCCAGUAUUACCAACUGUACACUACAAUAUGGGAGGAGUACCCACCAACUAUAAAGGACAGGUAUUAACUACCGUUAACGGUGAAGACAAACGCGUUCACGGACUAUACGCUUGUGGUGAAGCUGCUUCUUCAUCUGUACACGGUGCUAACAGACUCGGUGCCAAUUCUCUUCUUGACUUGGUCGUCUUCGGAAGGGCUUGUGCUUUAACCAUUGCUGAAGAACACAAACCCGGCGAAUCUAUUGGCAGUAUUAAAGAUAAUGCUGGUGAAGAAUCCGUUGCCAACUUGGACUGGGCUCGAUUUGCAAACGGUGCCAUUCCCACAGCUGACUUAAGAUUGCAAAUGCAAAAGACUAUGCAAGUCCAUGCUGCUGUAUUCCGUACUGAAGACUCAUUGAAAGAAGGCGUUACCAAAAUGGAGAACUUGUAUGGAAAAAUGAAGGAUCUCAAAGUUUCUGACAGCAGCUUGAUCUGGAACACAGAUUUGGUAGAAACGUUCGAGCUUCAAAACUUGAUGUUGAAUGCCGUACAGACCAUCGUCGGUGCAGAAAAUAGAAAAGAAUCACGAGGUGCUCACGCAAGAGAGGAUUACAAGCUACGAGUUGACGAAUACGACUACAGCAAGCCAUUGGAAGGACAACAAAAGAAACCGUCGACAGAACAUUGGAGAAAACACACCUUGACUACAAUCGACGACAAGACAGGUAAGGUCAACAUCACCUACAGAGAAGUCAUCGACGAUACCUUAGACAAGAGCGAGUGUGCCACCGUACCUCCAGCAAUUAGAUCUUACUAGUUUACGCAACAGCGCAAAAAUUAUAUAAAACCGCAAACACAGCUACUCAAGAAUUUGUCAAAUCUAUUAUAGUGUCUGAAAUUAUGGAAACCUAACCUCAAUGGACAGCCUAAGUCUGACGUCACAAAUGUCACAAAAUUGGGAGGAGCUUAUAUUGGCUCCAAACAAUUUUGAUUGUAACGUUAAGUGGUCAUAAGGAAUUUUUCAUUUAUGUGCUUUGUAUGGCAAAAUAAAACUUCAUUUACGUAUUUCGUUAAAGAAACGUGUUAAUUAAGAGAUUUUUAUUCGUUUUUGCUCAGGUGGUUUUUAGUCCUUAGUGAUUGAAAAUAAACAUAACCUCAACACUGUUUACGUUCUAAUCAUUGCAUUAAAUUAACUCACCUGGGCCAAAACGAAUAAAAAUCUCUUAAUUGGCACGUUCCUUUAACUAAAUACCUAAAUGAAAAGUCUUAUUUUGUCACACAAACCACGUAAACAAUAAAUUAAAAAUUCCUUAUGAGUGUUUAACAUUAUAAACAAAAUUGUUUGGAGUCAAAUAUAAGCUCCUCCCAAUUUUGUGACGUCAAGACUUAGGAUGUCCAUUAUAUGUUAACAAUGUCAAAUAAUCUGUCAGUAAGUAUGACAAGUGACAUAUGAUUGAUUAUCGUUUUACGUUUCUUUGACGUACCAAGUUUGUUUUUAAAUGUUUUUUUUUACUGAAAACGAUGUUUUCUUAAUAUUUUUUUACCACAUAGUGCCAUUUAUUAGUACAAAAACACAACAUGAAGUCGAUUUUCUAAGUUUUUAACAGUCGUUAAUUUUAGAUCGGGUAAGUCUGUGAUUUAUUGGCUAACGAUGCUCCAUCUACAGUUCUAAAUGUUACUUUUGAAUCGGAAGAGGUACCCGCACAUGCAAAGGGUAGAAAAACUAGUUCGAACAUACAUAACUAUUUGUCCAUUGCUGUGGAACACCAAUGGCCUACAAAAAUGAAGAUAUCAGUUAUUUUAUACCGAAAAUAUGUUUCAAUUGCACAGAUAUUCCUUGCUACCGAAAGUUAUCAAAUCAAAUGUGUACUAUUACAUCAAAUACAUGAGUGUCCAAACUAACUGUUGCUUGUAUAAUAUGGCAUUUCUCUGUUAAUAUGUCCGAUUGCAGUUGAAACAAAAUUCAUCAUUUUCAAAUAGAAACAUUUUACGACUAUGUCUUUGACGUUUAUUGAACUUUACUGAACUAUUGUCAUAGACUACCUCUGUUUGAAUAGAUAGAGGAGUUUACAUAGUUGCCAUAUUUCGAACUUUAUCCGACGAUUCAAAUAUUUUACUUCAAUAGCCAAUAAUUGUAUUUUUAGUGGUUCCAUAAUUUCAGAAUUUAGUAUACUUUGUCUGUAAGCACAUUUAAUCAUAAUCUAAGGGGCGCGUACUUAAAAACGAACAAGAACGACGGUUGUGUGCUCUUUCUAGUUGUUUUUCGAUUGAACAAAUCACGUCAAGUAUUUUAUUUUUGUGAUAUAUUAUAUCUACAGUAUAUUCGAUAAUUUAUUUGUUGUUAAUAGGUAUAGAUCUAUUUCCAAAAAUAUUUGCAAUAAAAAACAAGUCUGUUUCAAAGCUACAAUAUUUUGCGUUUUUUGUGAAGCUGAAUCGCGUUAAUUUUUCAAUUAGGCACAGGGUGCCAAAUGCGGCAACAUUGAUGGAUAUGAACCUCCACUUUCAGCCCUACUGGCAACUGCGACACUGACACUGUCUACAGAUUAUAGUCCAAGAGGCAGCGCUGAAAAAUCUCUUUGAAUUUACUAAAGCUAGGUUUUUCACAGUUGAUUACUGUGAUUGUGUAGAGAAACAUACUGCGGUCGUUCAAGCGAAACGUAGAACAGGAGUUACUGAGAGAGUAUCAAAGUUGCUUGCCUAAGAAAGGUAAUUAAAUCCAUUUACUAAGGCUGAAAAUCAGUACACACAUUCUAAAUUGAAUAUAAAUAAAAGUUAUUAUAGUCGGUCAGCUGUAUGACGGGACAGAGCCGGUCGGUCGGCCCCAAUGAAUGUACAGGGUUAUUCACUAUAUUUUGACCCCCUUGUAAACUGCUUUAUUUACAGAAUUUACAGAAUAUUUACAGAAAAGUUAUUCGAUUUUUAAAUUAUGAUUUUUUGACAUAUAUAUCGUACUAGUGACGUCAUCCAUUUGGGCGUGAUGACGUAAUAUACUAUUUUUUUAAAUGGGAAUAGAGGUCGAGUGCUAGAUCAUUUGAAAGGUUAUUCAAUUCCCUAUUCAGUAAUAUAAACAUUAACAUGAUUAAUUAUACAGGGUGUCCAAAAUUUUUUUUAAAUUAAUUGGUUAAUUAAUAAUUCAAAAAUUUUUCUGGACACCCUGUAUAAAUAAUGAUCUUAAUGUUUAUAGUACUGUAUAGAGAAUUGAAUAACCUUUCAAAUGAGCUAGCACACGACCCCUAUUCUUAUUUAAAAAAAUAGUCGAUUACUUCAUCACGCCCAGAUGGAUUACGUCACGAGUACGAUAUAUGUCAAGAAAUCAUAAUUAAAAAAUCGAAUAACUUUUGUAUUUUACAUUUUUUUCUAAUUCUGUAAAUAAAGCAGUUUACAAGGGGGUCAAAAUAUAGUGAAUAACCUUGUACAUUCAUUGGAGCCGACCGACCGGCUUUGUCCCGUCAUACAGCUGACCGACUAUAAUAACUUUUAUUCAUAUUCAAUUUAGAAUGUGUGUACUGAUUUUCAGCCUUAGUAAAUGGAUUUAAUUACUUUCGUAGGAAAGCAACUUUGAUACCCUCUCAGUAAUCCCUGUUCUACGUUUCGCUUGACCGACCGCAGUAUGUUUCUCUACACAAUCACAGUAAUUAAUUGUGAAAAAUUUAGCUUUAGUAAAUUCAAAGAGAAUUUUCAGCGCUGCCUCUCCGUCUAUUAGGAGUGAGUUUAGUUUUUUCAUACAUACAAUGUUGCCAUUUACUUGAAGUAUGCCUAAUUUUAAAAUUGCAUAGAUUAUGACUUUGUUUUUUAUUGUAUCUUAAUAAACUCUCGUUCAAAGUCAAAAAUAAUGUUCUGGUACAAUAUUUUGAAGCAGUUUCGGUCUAAAAAGACGUUAUUUUUGAAUGGGAUUUCAGUUACUAUAAAUUUAUAAUAAAAAUACUUAUCGAGUGGAUUUUUUUGAACGAGGGUGUAUUGAGUUUUCUUAUUUAAACUUCUUUUCUACUAAAGUAUUCUAAUUUAUUUUGUACUUAGUUCAGAUUUUGUGAAUUAAUGAAAUCAUAUAUUAAAUAUUGUCAAUACAAAAAACCUUCAUAUGCGUUGCAUAGUGAAGGUUUGUAGACUUUUGUGAUUAUAUUCACUAACAAAAUCUGAAAAACAUUGUUAAAAUUAUCCGGUACAUUCAAAAUUGUUGUUACUUUUGAUCAACAUUCAUUGAAAUUACCAACAUUGAUUGAUCUGCUUAAUUAAAUCAGAUCUAUUGCUCAAUGAUCUAUUUUAGCUUGCUGUGUGCUGUUUUGGAAAAUAUUUGCUUACUUUUCAAAAGCGCAAUUUUGUUCCUGACUGCUGACAUGGUCCUUAGGGCCGUAUUGAUAAAUUCAACAAUGAAUAUUGAUCAAUGUAUAUAUUUUGUAAAUAGUAUUUGUAUUUUAACUUAUUUUUUAUUGUGAGUUGAUUUUUGGGAGGCGAAUAUUGUUCAUCACAAGAUUAAAAUUAGUGUCAUACCGGUUCUUGAGUUACCUCAUUAUUUAUUAAUCUUCUUGUUCAACGAAUCGUUAUUUUAAAAUGCGCAAUAUUGGAAUGUCCCAAAACGUUCUUUGAGGAAUAGUUUUGUUAGCAAUAAAUUUUUGUUGUGAUUUUGGGACAGUGGAGGAUAUGUCAAAUUCUAAGAACCAAAUUCGUAAACAUUAAUAAGAAAAUCGUCGAUUUUAAGUUUCACUAAAUUCUAACCAAUUGGUAUAAUAAUAAGUAAACGUGUGUAUAGUGACUUUUUCACUGAAAUUUAAGUAUUUUGUAAGAGAUAUAUUUGGAGUUUGUUACGGAGAUGCGAUAUGAAUGUAAAUAUAUUGUUUUUAAAAAUAA